GCCUCGCAAGCGGGCAGCUUUGGAGGGCGGGGGGGCAGGAAAGGGGGGAGGGCAGAGAUUGCAGCUGAGCCGCAUCAAUAAGAACAGCAUCCACCGGCACGGAGCAAGGAAAGGAGACGCCGAGGAGAGGCAUUCCUCCUGCCCAGCCUCAGCUGCAGGGAGAGCAAAUGCCUGGGAAUUAAACCUCUCGCCAUUUUAAUGCAUACCACGGAGAUGGGACUCUAGGAUAAUUUUUUUUUUAAUGUGUGUGCAACGUUUUGCAUCUUUUCUGUGACCACAAAACAUGGAGGAGGCCCUUUGAUGCCUCCGCCGGCUGAGUCGGCUCCUCUUCUGGAUCUCAGCAGCCCCCCUCUGAGUUAUGCAGUAUUUUUGUUAGGGUUGCUCUUAUUGUUGCCCACCCCCACCUUCCCCGAUUCCACCUCUGAGCUUGCUUCCCCCCCGUGCCUCCCACCCAGCCGCCCCUUGCCAGGCUGGUGCAGUGCAGCCGGGAGCGCCGGCGGGCUCGCCCCGCGGCAUGGAAUGUUCUGCUGGCUAGAACCCCCCUGUUUCCGAAGGGGGGAAUCUUCCUUCCGAAGCCCUUGCCAAGAGGAGGCUAGCCCGUGAAUGUCAAUAGCCAGCCUGCGCGGCGGCGGCGGCGGCUGUUGGGCAGGAGGAGGACGGAGAGGAACAUGAAUCGGACGGGAGCGUGAUCGAGGAACACCCUCUAGCUCAGGAGGGGAGGGGGGGUUUGAUUUCCCCCCCCCUCCAAAAAAAAAGAGAGCGAGGCAAGGCAACGAACAGGAUCGGUUCUUGAGCUUGGUGAGCGGGAUAAAUCGACACGCAGCGCCUGGUGGGGGCUGUGGGGGACAAGGUGUGUGUGUGUGGGGGGAGAAUCCCCCCCCUCCUCCCGGCCCCAAGGUUAAUUUGUAACACUUUGCAAAGCCUAGUGGAAAAUAGUCGGUUCUGUGGGCUAGUGCUGAGGGGGAAAUGUUCCAAUGUUCAGGGCGCUGAGCGCUUAGUCCAAGGAGACGCUGGUGUGGCUGCCCCCUCCCCCCCGUCCCUUUCCCCGGGCUGACAGAAAAUCCUACCGCGAUUUUGAGAUGGCUUCAUUUGAAAGGGAGCACCGGUGAAAGCAUGAACUCGGCCGGUUCUUGAACCCCCUCCCCGCCCCGCUGCUGAGCUCGAGCUCCAAGGAUCCCGGUUUCCUGGAGGAGGAAGAGAACACACGUUUCUGGGGGGGUAGAAAGGACCGAUGACAAUGCUCCCGAGCGUAGCGGAGAAGCAGGAAGGAGAUUCAACCUGUUAACAAACAAACAAAAAAAUUAUAAUAAUAAUCAAAGGGAAAAGACCCACUGGAAGGAGAAAACAAAUUAGAAAUAGUCCCAAAGUGGUCACAAAGCAUGGGCUGUGCUCCAAGCAUCCACAUCUCUGACAGCAGGGUGGUUUAUCACAGUAGCAAAGAGUCCGAGGAGUCCAAUUCCCCUCACCAGACCAACACAACCAUGUCUCAGCAACAGCAAGGCAACUCCGUCCCGGGAUUAUUCAUUAAAUCCUCCAACACAUCCACUUAUAAGGUGAGGACUAAUUCCUCUAAGAAAGACAAGAGGGAGAACAGCCAGAGCAUGGAGCCAGACACCCAGACCAGCAGAUCCAGCUUAAAGGCAGCAGUGACAGAUGUGCAGUUUGGCCCUAUGAGACUCCACCAAGAUCAACUUCAGGUACUUUUAGUGUUUGCCAAAGAAGAUAACCAGAGUAAUGGGUUCUGUUGGGCCUGUGAGAAGGCUGGGUUUCGGUGUAACAUUGCCAGGACACCUGAAUCUGCGCUAGAAUGUUUUCUGGAUAAACAGCAUGAAAUUAUCAUUAUCGACCAUAGACAUUCCAGAUAUUUUGAUGCAGAAGCUCUAUGCAGGUCUAUCAGAACAACUACAGCCUCAGAAAAUACAGUCAUAAUUGGUGUAGUACGAAGACAUAGUGAUCGGGAGGAGUCAUCAAUAUUGCCACUGAUUGCAGCAGGCUUCACAAGGAGAUAUGUAGAAAAUUCCAAUAUAAUGGCCUGUUACAAUGAGCUAAUUCAGCUGGAAUUUGGAGAAGUGCGGGCACAAUUUAAACUAAGGGCUUGUAAUUCAAUAUUUACAGCACUCGAGAAAAGUCAAGAAGCCAUUGAGAUCACAAGUGAAGAUCAUGUAAUACAGUAUGUAAAUCCUGCAUUUGAAACAGCGAUGGGCUAUCAAAUAGGUGAAUUAAUAGGAAAGGAAUUAACUGAAGUGCCUAUAAAUGAAAAAAAAGCCGAUUUCCUGGAUACUAUUAAUUCCUGCAUAAAGAUAGGAAAGGAAUGGCAAGGAAUGUAUUACACCAAAAAGAAAAAUGGAGAUAGCAUACAACAAAAUGUGAAGAUAAUGCCUGUCAUUGGACAGGGAGGAAAGAUUAGACACUAUGUGUCAAUUAGUAGACUGUGCAAUGACAACAAUAAGGCAGAAAGAAUAUGUGAACGUGUUCAGGCUGAAUCUCAGACAGAUAUUCAGACUUGCCGACACAAAGAUAGGAGGAAAGGAUCGCUUGAUGUCAGAUCCACAACCUCACGAGGAAGUGAUGGCAGUUCACAGAGGCGACACUCCUCCAUGGCCAGGAUACAUUCCAUGACUAUUGAAGCACCCAUCACCAAGGUAAUAAAUAUUAUCAAUGCUGCACAAGAAAGCAGUCCCAUGCCUGUCGCAGAAGCUUUAGAUCGAGUGUUGGAGAUUCUAAGAACCACUGAGUUAUACUCUCCACAACUUGGGACAAAAGAUGAAGAUCCACAUACAAGUGAUCUUGUUGGAGGAUUAAUGACAGAUGGUUUACGAAGAUUAUCGGGAAAUGAAUACAUAUUGUCAGCAAAACAAACUCAUCAGGUUCCUGGCAGUUUGAUCUCCCCUAUCUCCCUUAAUGACAUCCCACCACGGAUAGCACAAGCAAUGGAAAAUGAAGAAUUCUGGGACUUUGAUAUCUUUGAACUGGAGGCUGCAACCCAUAAAAGGCCUUUGGUUUAUCUUGGUCUCAAAAUGUUUGCUCGCUUUGGAAUCUGUGAAUUCCUAAACUGUUCAGAAUCAACUCUGAGGUCGUGGUUACAAGUUAUUGAAGCCAACUACCAUUCCUCCAACUCCUAUCAUAAUUCUACUCAUUCUGCAGAUGUCCUGCAUGCCACUGCCUAUUUCUUAUCCAAAGAAAGGGUAAAGGAAUGAAUAUCGAACCCUUCGUCAAGCCAUUAUUGACAUGGUCCUAGCAACAGAAAUGACAAAGCACUUUGAGCAUGUCAACAAAUUUGUCAACAGCAUUAAUAAACCCUUGGCAGCACUAGAAGAAAAUGGGAGUAAUAAUGGUGAUGGAGAUUCAGUCAAAAACGUUCUCACGUCUCCUGAAAAUCGCAUACUUAUCAAACGUAUGUUGAUAAAGUGCGCUGACAUUUCCAAUCCAUGCAGACCCCUAGAGCAGUGCAUUGAAUGGGCCGGUCGCAUCUCUGAGGAGUACUUUGCACAGACUGAUGAAGAAAAGAGACAGAGUUUACCUGUGGUGAUGCCUGUUUUUGACAGAAAUACUUGUAGCAUCCCCAAAUCCCAAAUAUCCUUCAUUGAUUACUUCAUCACGGAUAUGUUUGAUGCAUGGGAUGCAUUUGCAGACCUACCAAAUUUGAUGCAGCAUCUGGACAAUAACUUUAAAUAUUGGAAAGGUCUCGAUGACAAGAAGCUACGGAGCCUUCGACCACCACCUGAAUAGCAAUUAGGCCACAGUGUGUAACUUACCUGUCCAGAUGCAUAUUUACUCAAGCUCACUUUUGUUCAUGUGAUUUCAAAUUAGUUUUGAUCCCUUCAGUAUUACAGUAAGGCUAACCCAUGUGCUUGUGAACCUUUCACAUUCAAGAGAACAUGAGGUCAGCAGCUGACUCCUGCAAACUGCCGUGUAUGGACUCAAAUGAAGUGAACUUAUCAGCUGAAUUACACUGGAUUGCUGCAGUACCUGUACUGAAGAGGGUCUAUUCGUGAACAUAUUUUUGCAUUAUCUUCAUACCAGUAUGUGAAGCUUGAAGAUAUCCUCACGAAAAGGGGUGUCCUAUAGAAGAUUUUGCUUAGUCCUCAAAUCUGCAAGUGAAGGAGGAGUAUCUGUUAAUAGUGACUCACAGCUUUUAUGAGAAAGCUCCUUGCUUUUUAUAAGCACUUAAGAACAGUUACAAAUACCAGUCGGACAUUUAAAAUGCAACUCUUCAUGAAGGAGUUUUUGAUCUAUGAAAAAUAGAUGUACUCUAUUUUUUCACAUCACAGAAGGUGCAAUCAUUCACUUCUGAGCACUACUGAAAGUGAGUUCUCUUAAAGAAAUUUAGUAGCAAAUGUAAAAAAUAACACAAGAAUUUUUGAAGUUGAUCGUUAGCAUCUAUUAUUAAAAUAUGUUUUAUUUAUUUUGUUAGAUGUUCAAUAUUUUCUAUGAAUUUAUAAAUACUUAAAAGCCAAAGCCAACUUUAGAUGCAUUACAAAUUUACAUGAUUCAUACUCAUCAAUAUACAUUUAAUUGAUGUACAGACCGUUUAUUUUCAUAAUGCAAAUACAAAAUACUAUACAAUGACACGUUUUUAUUGCACUGUAAGGAUAGAUGUGUAUGUUUAAAUAUUGUCUGAUUUUAUGUUAAUUAAAAUAAGUUUUAUUAAAAGGUCUCACUGGAGAGUAGUAAAAUAAACAAGAAAUGCAUACUGUAUAAGCACCAGAACUCCAGCAGUUCUCUCUCACUCCCUACUGGUGACCACAAGAUCUUCCCAAGGUUGCUACUCUUGGUAAAAAAAUAAUAAUAAUAAUAACUUGGGAUGUUCAUUUUUUUUCUUCCCUGUAAUUUUAUAAUUAAAUUCCCUAUCAAAAGUCUGCCUUAUUUUAUACAGUAUUUCUACAAAGCAUUCCACAGCAUAGAUGGGGGGGGGGGGUAAAACAAAAUAUUUAAUGAAUUUCAACAUUUUAUAGCCAAUGUAUUUUCCUCUUCAGUGGAAAAAAAAAGAAAAUCUUUAACUCCAGAAGUUUGUAAAGGUUGUAUACCUUCACCAUUUGAAUGAAACAUUCACAGCAAACACCAGAAAAUAAUAAAAUGUAUAUUUUAAGAAGUG